AUGUCUACAGGUCCAACUGCAAAUCGCCCAUUGACAAAAACAUUUUGUGCAACAUGCCAACAAGCAUUUACACCGAGAGAUGCGAUGCAAAUAUAUCAGGAGAGAUAUUAUCAUCCUCAUUGUUUUUGCUGUUCAAGUUGUGGAAACACAUUAGCCGGCAAACCAUUCUAUCCGAAACCAAACAAUCAAUUUCAAUGUGAAGCAUGUAACCAUGCACUAGCACCAACUUGCUGUAUUUGUAAUCAAAAGAUUCAGUCAGGUACGGCAGCAAAACGGUACCAAGAUCGUCAUUAUCACAGUGGAUGUUUUCGCUGUUGCAAAUGUAACGCAGUUGUACCUGAUGGACAUAACUUUGUCGAUAUGUUGGACGGACGUUUUCAAUGUUUGACAUGUUCGCAUCAUAUCACAGGAUCAUAUCAAGGCAAAGAACAUGCUCCUCAUUUGGAAAAUAUCCUAGGUGAAAUAGUUCCUGUUCAGUGUGAUCAAGCAGGACGUAUUCCCAUUUGUGACAAAUGUGCUCGGCCUGUCUCAGGCGACGAAGAUGCAUUCAAACUUGAAACACGUUAUUAUCAUCUGGAAUGUGCUCGCUGUAAUCGUUGUCGUAAGAAACUUUUGAGAGUUCCAUGUCGAAAACUUGGUUCAGCUUUGGUUUGUCACACAUGCUCAUAA